AUGAGUAUCUGGAAGAUGAGCAGAAAACAGAUAUUAACUUUAAUUGCAAUGGCGUCCAUAAACUUCAGCUCAAUGAUAUGCUACUCAAUAUUGGCCCCAUUCUUUCCACCUGAGGCUGAGAAGAAAGGAGUCAGUCAAGCAGUAAUUGGUUUAAUAUUUGGAUGCUAUGCCUUGUGCACUUUGGUUGGAUCGUUAAUCCUUGGGAAAUAUAUUGUCCAAAUUGGGGCCAAGUGUAUGAUAAAUGCAGGACUGUUCAUUUCAGGUGUAUGUACUGUAAUAUUUGGCUUUCUGGACAGAGCUCCAGAAGGAACCGUGUUUAUAGUGCUUUGUCUUCUUAUAAGAUGUGUAAACGCAGUGGGCUUUGCUGCUGCUGUAACAUCAUCAUUUGCUGUAUCAGCAAAAGUCUUUCCCCACAAUAUAGCAACCAUUCUGGGCUUUAUGGAGGUUUUCACUGGAAUUGGACUCAUUUUGGGGCCUCCAUUAGGUGGAUGGAUGUAUGAGUCAUUUGGAUACGAAAUUCCAUUCAUUGCUUUGGGAAGUCUUCUGUUUUUGGCUGUUCCAUUAAACAUGUGGAUUCUACCGAAUUUUGAUGCUGUUGCCUCACAGGGCUCCUUUAUUAGACUGUGUUCACGAGGGAAAAUCAUGCUCAUCUGCUUUGUGGUGUUCACACUCAGCUCAGGUAUAGGCUUCCUGGAUGCAACACUGUCAUUAUAUGCCAUGGAAAAGUUUAGCCUGAGCACUGGAUCUGUGGGCCUGCUCAUGAUUGGUGUGUCAUUACCUUAUGGUGCUGCAUCCCCAGUUUUUGGAAUAAUUAGUGAUAAGUAUCCAUUUAUAAGAAAAUGGAUGAUGGUGUUUGGAGGAAUUGCUACAGCAGUCAGCUUUUGUUUUCUUGGUCCAGUUCCUGUCUUGCAUAUUGAGAGUGAUCUUUGGCUUACUGUUGUCAUGCUGGUGGUCAUUGGUUUUUCUCUGUGUAUGACCUGCAUCCCAACCUUCACUGAGAUGCUCAUUUGUGCACAUGAGAAUGACUUUGAGGAUGACUUGGGCACGCUUGGUUUGGUAUCAGGACUGUUUUCAGCGGUGUGGUCUGCUGGGAUGUUCUUCGGCCCUACGUUUGGCGGCUUUAUCACACAGAAACUAAGUUUUGAAUGGGGUGCAAGACUUCAAGGAGUGCUCACAUUAAUUUCUGCAGUCUUAUUAACAGUACAAUUAGCCAAAGAAGAUAUACCCAAGAAAAGGUUCCAGGAAAUCAAUGGGAUUGAAUUCAACUUGGCUACAGGAGAGAAAUCUCCUCUUCUCAGUUCAUCUUUAUCAUCCUCUGAUAAAUUUAACAAGACUCUUAACAGACUAUUCAGUCUGGCCCUAGAGGAUGCCCCUCCAGACUUCCGGCACUUCAGUACAAAGGAGGUUCAAUUGUUGCCUUUGGUUACUGCCUGA